AUGACUCUCGGCGACUCUAUCCGCAAGGGUGUGGGCAUGGUUCACGGAACUGGCGAAGCCAUCCGAGGCAAUGCCAUGUCCAUGGUCGACGAAGCGAGCGGCGAUAAAGCGAGCGCAACCAAGAACCAGGAGAUUGCCAACAAGGGAGUCGACGAGUGGGAUCGAGGCUACCGAGGCCACCCUGCCGACGCCGGUGUUACCCCUGCUGACGCCGAUGCCCACCGCGAACGCAUGAACACGACCGGCACCACGGCCACAAACUACGGCUCGCACAACUCCAACAUUGGCAACAAGGUCGACCCCAGGUACGACUCUGACCUCGACCACAGAGGUACCGCGACCGACUCUACAAACGCUGGGCCGCAUUCCACAAACGUUGGCAACAAGAUGGACCCGCGCUUCGACUCGGACGUAGACCACCGCGCUGAUCCUACAUCCAAAGUUGGCGGUACGGGCUACGAGACGCGUAGAUAG